GAGUAUGUACUUGUAUUUACUCUUAUCGUUUCAUUUUUGUUGUCUGUGAAAUUCAAUGUUAAUUCAAUAUAGAAAGUUUUAAGGUAGCCUGGGAUCGUCAAGUUUAAUUGUUUGUAUAUGCGAUUGACAUUUCGCAAAAUAGUUUUUAUCGGUAAAUUUUGUCGUGUUCCUGGGUCUGGAAUUCUAGACGGAGAAAACUAAUACAAUAAAAUAGAAUAUAUGGAUCCACCUGAGGAGCAAUUUGCUACGUUAAGUCUAAAUGAGCGUGUGUUGGUUACGUCGAAUGCGUCGAAACUCGUAAAAGAACUUCCCGGUGGCUCAGCUAACGAAAUUAUAUCACAAAUAGACAACGGGGACAUUGCUGAAAUCGCUCCGAACAUGAUUUCCAUAGCCACUUGUACUAAAAGUUCUAAGAAAGUCGGGCCGACAGUACCAGCAAAACCCUUCAGAAAGAAACAAGAUUCUCCUGAGAGCCUUACUGUGGAGAAUUACACUAAACAGAAUAUGUCAAGCACGAUACCGAUAUUACAGCGGAAGCAUCCGGUUAGCACUCUACAUAAAACUUCAACCAACAACGUGACAUUGGAUAACCCUGUUGUGCUCGAACAGCAGCUGGAAGCUUUGACCCAUCACAAACGACAACUGGAGAAAAAAGGUCUAUUUCUGCAACAACCAAGAAAAAAUGAAAUACCAUCAACAGAUGUAACAGGCUUUCCGAAACUAUUGGCGAAUUGUCAAGCAAAUGAUAACUACACAUCAGGUGUUAUUUAUUCAAAUGUGCGUUCAACACCGGACAAAUUAGAAUCAUCGGUUUCUUCAUUGACUCUCAAUCCUAUGAGCGAUAAUGCAAAAUACUCUGAUGAAGCUAAUUCGGAAAGAUAUAUUGCAAAACGUAUAACGGAUUCCAAAACUAUGCGCUAUAAUGACGAAAAUGCUGACAGAAAUCAACUAGAUAGUCCAAUUUUUCGGAAGCAGAAUGAAUUUUACUCAAACAUGGUGUUCGAGGAAAGUAAGCAAGAUUAUAUACCACCACUCUCAACGGAAUUGUCUAUUGACGCUAAUGAGGCUACUGAUGAGGAAACGCCACCACCUCCUAGUCCAGUCAGCUCAUCAUAUAGCGAACUACGAAGAGCGACGGAUGCAUUUAAAAAGCCAUACCACAACUGUUAUAUAAAAUCUCAUGAAACCAAUAUUAGGUCUAAAGAUAUUGGAGAAAACAAAGAUUUAAAUGGAUCUCAACCUCAAACGUAUAUAAAUAUGAGCUGCAGCAAUGAUUUCAACAGUUAUUGUUCAACAUUGCAGACCGCUAAUCCAGACAACAUAGACUUUUACAGCAAUGGAAAUUCCUCACAGAGUUCGUCGACAUAUGAAUCUAUAUAUGAACCAAUAAUUCCACGCCCAGCUAGUCAACUUUCAUCGCAUGCAAACUACUUAAAUUAUGUACCAUACGUCAACGGUCCACAGUUAAAUACGAGUGAAAGUGGAGGAAAUAUAUCAACAAUCGGAUCCAUCAGUACCAGCGGUUGCAACACACCAUCAUUCUCUAGUAUAGAAGCUAGUAGUGCUGAUGAUAAUUCAAAAAGCUCAUGCCAACAAAAGGAGAGUGAGGUCGAAGCAUUGACUGAUUUUUUAGUACAUUCCCUCGAUACAGGAAGUAGGGUAGAAAAUUUUGGUACGUGUUUUAAAUGCAAUGAGCGGGUUUUAGGAGAAAACUCAGGCUGUACAGCAAUGGAACAAAUAUAUCACAUUGCUUGCUUUACGUGUACACAGUGUAAAAUUAAUCUACAGGGUAAACCUUUUUACGCGUUGGAUGGAAAGCCGUUCUGUGAAUAUGAUUACUUGCAAACAUUAGAAAAAUGUUCCGUAUGCAUGAGACCUAUAUUGGAGCGCAUACUUCGUGCGACUGGCAAGCCGUAUCAUCCUCAAUGUUUUACCUGUGUUAUUUGUGGAAAGAGUCUUGAUGGUAUACCAUUCACAGUAGAUGCCACUAAUCAAAACUAUUGUAUAUCCGAUUUUCACAAAAAAUUUGCACCACGUUGCUGUGUUUGUAUGGAGCCAAUAAUGCCGGAAUCUGGUGAAGACGAAACUGUACGUGUUGUUGCAUUAGAUCGCAGUUUUCAUUUUGAGUGCUAUAAAUGCGAAGAUUGUGGGUUGCUGUUAUCGUCGGAAGCCGAAGGCCGUGGAUGUUACCCUUUAGACGGACAUGUACUCUGUAAAAGCUGUAAUGCAAAGCGCGUGCAAAUGCUAACAAACCGAAUGACAACUGAACUGUAAACAAUGUAUU